AUGCAGAUGGAGAGACAGCUAGGUGGUCGUCUGAUUGAUGAGCCCCACGUCCUGCUGUUUAAAGACAGCUACCACAACCUGCGCCUCUCCAUCCACGACAUGCCCCAGGCACACUGGAGAAGCAAACUACUGUCUGGAUACCAGGAGAUCCCAUUCUACCACAUCUGGAACGGUUCCCAGCGGUUCCUCCACUGUACCUUCACCCUGGAGCGGCUCAACCUCAGCACCUGUGAGCUCACCUGUCAGCUGUGUGUCUGGCAGGUAGAGGGAGAGGGACAGAGCUUCGGUCUCGACUUCAACAUCGCCAAGGACAGUCGACCCCUGGACCCGGAGUUCCUGCUGAUGGACAAUAACCCUAACGGCUCAGCUCUAGCAGGACCCAGUGCUUUCCAGAUCCCCUAUCUCAUCAGGCAGAAGAUCUGCAGCAGCCUGGAUACACCUUGUCCCAAUGGGGCUGAUUGGAGACUGUUGGCCCAGAGACUCAAACUGGACAGGCACAUGAGUUUCUUUGCGUCCAAGGCGAGUCCCACCAGUGUGAUUCUGGAUCUGUGGGAGGCCCAACACUUCCACAGUGGAAACCUGAACCAGCUGGCCACCGUCAUGGCCGACAUCGGCAAACAGGAAGCUAUGAUCUUCCUGGUCUCAGACGGAGAGUGCUAGCCCAGGCUUUGUCCCAAUACUGCACCCUAUUCCCUAGAUAGUGCACCAAAGUAGGUGACUAACUAGGUAAUAGGGUGCCAUUUCAGAUCGGUCCCCUAAAGAGAGAGACGACUGGAACAGGGUAGAAUAUACAGACAUAAGAGAGGAGAACGCUCCCCCUUUCUCUCCCCUCCUCUACAAGAGAGGAGAGAAGAACAAAACACUCCACCUCCUCUAUGAGACAAGAGGAGCUAAACAGAAGCAGGAUUUGGGAACAGGGUUCAUAUGUAUGUUAUGUUAGAUCUAUCCCAUGCCUCCAUUCAGAACCCAGAUAUCUGGAGAAAGCAGGACCUUGGAGGGAGCUGGUCCUGGGAAGUCGUUUCUGGGUGAUGUGCUUUUGUCAAAGUAAAGCAGGGAUUCAGUCCGUAUGGUGCUGUCGACUGUGCAUCUGUUGACAAUGUUCCCACAUUUAGCGGAGAUCACAUUCAAGGUAAAUGGUGCAGAUGUCGGCUCAAUUGGUUUUGCCUUUUUAAAAAGGUGUGUACUCGACAAAGCAUGAUCAGAUUGAAUCCUGGUCCAAAGUUACUAUGCCACAGGACUGAAGAGGAUAUCUGGUACACGGUGUGGUAUAUAACUAUGUCAGACAGGUGUACAAAAGAGCUCUUUAUGUUGUUCAAGUCAAGUUCAGUAGCCAUCAAGGUUUAAAGUAUAGCCUUGUGUCCAAGAGACUUAGGAUGAGAUGACCGACAAGCAUUUACCAACACAUGGGCCAAACCUGGCCACAAAGUAGCAAUAUGCAAAAUAAUUACAUUAUCCAUGGCCAUCAUGAAAAGACAACGUCACAAUGUCAAAGUUGGAUUAUCUAUGUUUACGUUUAGUCAGAGACAAAGAUGAUCACGUUCAAUAUCUCAUCUUAACCUCCCAGAGAAAUCUGAAGUGUUUCGUCACUGGGUCAAACAGCAGAGUCGAUUUAUUUCUGCAACUGACUGGACCAUAAUUGUGAUGAAAACCCCCACAAAUGUUAUCACUAUAGGGUCUAUGACACUCCACUCACUGUCCAUCCAUUAACCCUGUGGUGUAAUCUGAUCUGUUGAUCCAUCUGUCAUCACAUAAGGUUUAAAACUGGCUGUAAAAACAAAAUGAGCUUUUAGGCAGGCGAUAGGUUUUAUGUCAUAAUUCUAAAGAACACAUCUCCUGAUUCUAAAGAACACAUCUCCUGAUUCUAAAGAACACAUCUCCUGAUUCUAAAGAACACAUCUCCUGAUUCUAAAGAACACAUCUCAUGAUUCUAAAGAACACAUCUCCUGAUUCUAAAGAACACAUCUCCUGAUUCUAAAGAACACAUCUCAUGAUUCUAAAGAACACAUCUCAUGAUUCUAAAGAACACAUCUCAUGAUUCUAAAGAACACAUCUCAUGAUUCUAAAGAACACAUCUCCUAGACGCUGUUAGAAUGUUUUGUCUCAGUCCUGUAUCAAGUCAAAGUGAAACCUCACCACAGGGACAGAGUCUGUAAUUGUAUUUAUCAGUUGAGGCGUUCCACAGCUCUAAUGCUCUCAAAUCAAUAUUUUCUAUUUUUGGGUAUGUCUUUUAGAGGAAAAGUUAAGUUAUCGGUUAGAUACAUUUCCGAAGGGGGUUUCUACAAUUGUUUUACUCUAAGCUCAUUUUCCUUUUUAUUCCUCAAAUUUAAUAGUACCAAAUGUCUCAUGGUGAGAUUACGUAUUUAUAAAAUUCCUCCGUUUAUUAAGGUGAGAUGGGAAUAUUCUCUCUCUCUCUCUCUCAUAUAUAUACUAUUGUUCAAAGGUUUGGGGCCACUUCCUCAUUCCUUGUUUUUGAAAGAAAAACAUGUUUUUUGGUCCAUUAAAAUAACAUCAAAUUGAUCAGAAAUACAGUGUAGACGUUGUGAAUGUUGUAAAUGACCAUUGUAGCUGUAGUAACUAACGCUCUCAUUUCUAUUGUAGCUGUAGUAACUAACUAACUCUCUCAUUUCUGUUGUAGCUGUAGUAACUAACUAACUCUCUCAUUUCUGUUGUAGCUGUAGUAACUAACUAACUCUCUCAUUUCUAUUGUAGCUGUAGUAACUAACUAACUCUCUCAUUUCUGUUGUAGCUGUAGUAACUAACUAACUCUCUCAUUUCUAUUGUAGCUGUAGUAACUAACUAACUCUCUCAUUUCUGUUGUAGCUAUAGUAACUAACUAACUCUCUCAUUUCUGUUGUAGCUGUAGUAACUAACUAACUCUCUCAUUUCUGUUGUAGCUGUAGUAACUAACUAACUCUCUCAUUUCUAUUGUAGCUGUAGUAACUAACUAACUCUCUCAUUUCUGUUGUAGCUAUAGUAACUAACUAACUCUCUCAUUUCUGUUGUAGCUGUAGUAACUAACUAACUCUCUCAUUUCUGUUGUAGCUAUAGUAACUAACUAACUCUCUCAUUUCUGUUGUAGCUGUAGUAACUAACUAACUCUCUCAUUUCUGUUGUAGCUGUAGUAACUAACUAACUCUCUCAUUUCUAUUGUAGCUGUAGUAACUAACUAACUCUCUCAUUUCUGUUGUAGCUGUAGUAACUAACUAACUCUCUCAUUUCUGUUGUAGCUAUAGUAACUAACUAACUCUCUCAUUUCUAUUGUAGCUGUAGUAACUAACUAACUCUCUAAUUUCUAUUGUAGCUAUAGUAACUAACUAACUCUCUCAUUUCUGUUGUAGCUAUAGUAACUAACUAACUCUCUCAUUUCUGUUGUAGCUAUAGUAACUAACUAACUCUCUCAUUUCUAUUGUAGCUGGAAACGGCUGAUUUUUUAAAAUUGAAAUAUUUUAAAUGGUCAAAAAAUUUGCUUUUCUUUCAAAAACAAGGACAUUUCUAAGUGACCCGAACUUUUAAAUGGUAGUGUAUGUGUGUACGAAAUGGCUUCCUGUAGAGACCAUAGGGCACCAUUUUGGACGCAGACUAAGCCAGUGAGAGAGGGGUGUUGGAGCAGCAUUUUAAACCAGAAGGGAAGGUCGGAGUUGUUGGAGCAGCAUUUUAAACCAGAAGGGAAGGUCAGAGUUGUUGGAGCAGCAUUUUAAACCAGAAGGGAAGGUCAGAGUUGUUGGAGCAGCAUUUUAAACCAGAAGGGAGGUUCAGGGUUAAUGGAGCAGCAUUUUAAACCAGAAGGGAGGUUCAGAGGUGUUGGAGCAGCAUUUUAAACCAGAAGGGAAGGUCGGAGUUGUUGGAGCAGCAUUUUAAACCAGAAGGGAAGGUCAGAGUUGUUGGAGCAGCAUUUUAAACCAGAAGGGAAGGUCAGAGUUGUUGGAGCAGCAUUUUAAACCAGAAGGGAAGGUCAGAGUUGUUGGAGCAGCAUUUUAAACCAGAAGGGAAGGUCAGAGUUGUUGGAGCAGCAUUUUAAACCAGAAGGGAAGGUCAGAGUUGUUGGAGCAGCAUUUUAAACCAGAAGGGAAGGUCAGAGUUGUUGGAGCAGCAUUUUAAACCAGAAGGGAAGGUCAGAGUUGUUGGAGCAGCAUUUUAAACCAGAAGGGAAGGUCAGAGUUGUUGGAGCAGCAUUUUAAACCAGAAGGGAAGGUCAGAGUUGUUGGAGCAGCAUUUUAAACCAGAAGGGAAGGUCAGAGUUGUUGGAGCAGCAUUUUAAACCAGAAGGGAAGGUCGGAGUUGUUGGAGCAGCAUUUUAAACCAGAAGGGAAGGUCAGAAGGUGAAUAAUGCAACAGAACAGCCGGCAGAAAAUCUGACAACUAAUUAUCUUCUCCCAAAUUACUUUCACCGAAACAGAUAGUUACUUAUGCAGCCUAGUGUUUUCAUAAUUCACAACGUUGUGUGCUGAAGGUGGGGAAUUCUUAUUCUCUGAGUGUGACACAGGUCACCUGUCUCCUAUGCCUUCUUAACACCUUGGAGAGACUCAGAGAGGACACCUGAUAACACUGCACCUCUGUGAGUUUAACACUUUUCCACACCGGCACAUCAAAUGAGGCAGAUAGUCUAACCAUGUUACUAAGAACACACAGCUAUAGACUCUACUGUCAACAGAACACACAGCUAUAGACUCUACUGUCAACAGAACACACAGCUAUAGACUAUACUGUCAACAGAAUACACAGCUAUAGACUCUACUGUCAACAGAAUACACAGCUAUAGACUCUACUGUCAACAGAACACACAGCUAUAGACUCUACUGUCAACAGAACACACAGCUAUAGACUCUACUGUCAACAGAAUACACAGCUAUAGACUAUAUUUACUGUCAACAGAACACACAGCUAUAGACUAUAUUUACUGUCAACAGAAUACACAGCUAUAGACUCUCCUGUCAACAGAAUACAGAGAGAGACCCCACCAUCCCGUCUACUACAGGAAUCAUUCCUUUCAGUUCCUGCCUCCCACUCACCCUCAAAAUUGGGUCCUUUCUUUGGCCUGUGAAAUACUCCUCUCUAAGACUUGCUAGAGAGAGACAGAGAGAGACACAUAGAGAGAGGGAGAGAGAGACACAGAGAGAGAGAGACACAUAGAGAGAGGGAGAGAGAGAC